UAAUGGAACUGCUGUCUUUCGUGAAGGAGGUCCUACAAAAUGUAGCGGAGCGCGCAGCUAGCUACCGCUUCGGUCAGACCAUGCUCCGAUGUAUGGACAGAGGCCUUUGGAUCGUGGAGAAGAGUGCCAGAUGGACUGUGCCGCCGCCGCCGUUGGAUCAAGAAGAGAGGCCACAACCGGAGCUGAUACGUCCUCUACCCUGGGUUUUUUUCCUCGCGCUACUGAUUGUUCUACGUGUAGCAAGAGAGUCAAUAUCCUUUGUGAAUUUAGCAUUUGGAAAACCUCCACUUAGAUCUGCAGAUGUUGUGGCGUACAUACAAAGCAAGCGGCGCUACCUCCGUACGCUAAAGUACCAAGGCACCCGCGUGUCCCGCGCGCGAAGCUCCGCCCCCGCACGCGAGGGGUGGGGCCGCCGGCUGCGAGCGCUCGUGGAACUCACGAUGUGCUUCCGUCCACGAUACGGGAACAACAACACGCAGCUUAGUGGGGAUGAGGUUCUGGUGGUAAAGAAAAAACAGCGCGGACGAGAGACAGACACCGGCAAUAGCAUGGAAAGACUCAUUGAGAAAAUGAUGGUGGACAUAGACGCAGAUUCCGACGAUUCUUCCUGCUACACGUUGACUAACGUCACAAAUCCCAGAAGCGAUAGAUCUGAUUACAACACGGAAUCCGAUCAAGAAACACAUCAAAGCAAAAAUAAUGAAGAAAACAGUAACAACUCUUUAGAUGAAAACUAUAAAACUCCGUCUCCAGAAAGUCCAGCAUACGAAGAUACAGACGAAAUAGAAAUACCGAACGAUGUUUACAGAAAACCAAUAACUACUGACGUUAAGGAAAUCUCAAUAGACUUCAUAAGAAAUGAAAUGGGCACACACAUAGAGCAGAUUAUCAAAAGUCAGCACAAAAUUGACAAGCUUCAACAGUAA